UUGACAACACCUCGGCGUCUCUUCCCCCAUCGAGUGAAGUUGAGCGCGGCCACACAGCGCUGCUGUCUCCUCCAGUGUCACAUUUGCUCCAUCAGCAGCAGCAGCAGCAUCAUCAUCAUCAUCAGCAGCAUCAUCAUCAUCAUCAUCAGCAGCAGCAGCAGCAGCAGCAGCGAGGCUUCACUCACAACCUCUGCCCACAACAGGAGCGCCAUGGCCCGCGUUGUGGUUGACGGGAUGCUGGAGGCGGCCGGCGACGAAGGAAGAGGAGGUAAAGGAGGAUUGAUGCUCAACCGAUGGAGGAGCAAAGCGAGGCGGAAGAAGCGAAAGGAGUUGUUCGGUAUCCAGAUGUGCUUUGCGGGGGCAGCGCUGGGGCUGGUGGCGGGGCUGCAGUGUGUGGCACACAUAGCAGGUUCCCGUGCUUCCACGUCCAUGGCUGAGGAGGAGGCGAGGCGGGGCAGUCGUCACCUUCUACAUGAUGUCUAUUCUGAGCCUGAGAAAAACUGCACUGAACCAGCAAUCCACGAGUUCCCCAGAGAUUAUUUCACCAACCAGGAGCGAGCUGAAGGAGCCGUGGGCCUGCACGUUCUCUGCGCAGUCUACAUGUUCUAUGCUCUCGCCAUUGUGUGUGACGACUACUUUGUCCCCUCACUAGAGAAGUUAUGUGAGCGUCUUCAGCUGAGUGAGGACGUUGCAGGAGCAACUUUCAUGGCCGCAGGCAGCUCAGCUCCUGAGCUCUUCACCUCUGUGAUUGGAGUGUUUAUCACUAAAGGGGAUGUGGGAGUCGGCACCAUCGUGGGCUCAGCUGUCUUCAACAUCCUCUGUAUUAUUGGAAUGUGCGGCAUAUUCACUGCACAGGUGAUCCAUCUGUCCUGCUGGCCUCUACUCAGAGACUCGCUCUACUACACCCUGUCUAUCUCUGCUCUGAUCGUGUUUAUAUACGAUGAAAAGGUGGUUUGGUGGGAAGCUCUGACGCUGAUUCUCAUGUACUUCGUCUACAUUUUCAUCAUGAAGAUGAAUUCCUAUGUGGUUCAUUUUCUGGAGAGGAGGAGGAGGAAGAACUCGUCCAGUCUGAGGGACAUCGGGGCGAGUAACACUGAGCUGGACGACGGCUGUGAUGCUACAGCUGUUCUCCUGAAGAAAGCCAACCACCACAGGAAGGCGUCGGUGCUGAUGGUGGACGAGCUCCUGUCAGCGUAUCCCCAUCAGCUGUCCUUCUCUGAGGCUGGGAUGAGGAUCAUGAUCACCAGCCACUUCUCACCCAGGACCCGCCUAACCAUGGCCUCACGAAUGCUCAUCACUGAGAGACAGCGUCUAAUCAACACACACUCUUUGACCAACGGUGACUCCGAUGCUCCAACUAAAGGAGGAAGUAGGCGGGGCAUAGAAAACGGGCUGUCCGGGGCAGAGAGGGGCGUCGGCGCUCACCACGACGACCAAGAGGCAGGAAAUGAGACGGAGAACGAGGACAACGAGAACAAUGAGAACGAUGAAGAGGAAGAAGAGGGCGAUGGAGACGGACCGCUUGUACCGUUCCAGUGCCCAGUGGGUGUGUGUAAUAAGGUCAAGUGGCUGCUGGCCUGGCCUCUGUGUCUGCUGCUCUACGUCACUGUCCCCAACUGCUCCAAGCCGCGCUGGGAGAACUGGUUCAUGCUCUCCUUCAUCGCCUCCACCCUGUGGAUCGCAGCCUUCUCCUACGUCAUGGUGUGGAUGGUCACAGUUAUAGGCUUCACACUCGGGAUCCCUGAUGUCAUCAUGGGCAUCACCUUCUUGGCAGCUGGCACCAGUGUACCUGACUGCAUGGCCAGCCUCAUAGUGGCAAGACAAGGACUGGGAGACAUGGCCGUGUCCAACUCUAUCGGCAGCAACGUGUUUGACAUCUUGGUGGGACUUGGUCUCCCUUGGGCUCUGCAGACACUGGCCAUCAACUAUGGUUCUGAUAUCAAGCUCAACAGCAAAGGGCUGAUCUUCUCUGUGGGACUGCUGCUCGCAUCUGUGUUUGUCACUGUUCUUGGAGUUCACCUGAACAAGUGGACGUUGGACAAGCGUUUGGGUUUCAUAUGUCUCCUCCUCUACGCCGUCUUCCUGUGUUUCUCCUGCCUCAUUGAGUACAACAUCUUCACCUUUGUCAACCUGCCAACCUGCCUGGAUGACUGAGACACACACACACACACACACACACACACACAUACUCACACACACACACACACAUACGCACACACAUGGCCACACACACACACACACACACUAGCAGUGGUGUCAUACAGGAGGAAUAGUAAAAACCGCUGAAGUCAGCUGUGGCUCACACAGAAGAGGUCUCACUCUGCUCGCUUUUCUGAAGCUGGUCUUUGUGCCACGCUGUGUCCUGUGUUACAGACUCACCAGAGCACACAGUCACGGCGGCACUGACGACAACAACAACAACAACAAAGACACACGUUUAAGUUAUAUUCAAUCUUCCAGUGUUUUUAAGUGUAAAGGUUAUAACGUGUACUAGCUGCUAAGUUUCCCUGAGAGGAAAGUUGUGUGUUUACUGGCUGAGAGUGUGUCGUUGUGUGGGGCAGAUUAUUGCAUUAGAGCCACGUUUUAAAGGCAAACAACAGGAUCUGUGCACAUUUUUAACAAUCUUUGGAAUAUUAAUAGUGUCGUUAUGUUUAUGUGAUUACAAUUAUAAACUAUUGAGUACAUUUCCAAAGGUGUUGGUAGUGAGGAAUAUUUUAGUCUUAUGGUGCAUUCACACUGUUUUGUCCAUCAUUUGAACUAAAGUGAACAACGUGAUUUUCAAUAAGACAUCCCGACGCUGCUGUCGUCCACUCGUGACACUUCAUCGCUUAAGUUACCAUAAAAAGUCUCAAGUUUUCCCUUAACGACAACUGACCUGGAGUUAAGGCGCACAGUUCUGUGUGAAUACACCAUGAGGGGAAAAUACUCCACGCUGCACCCACAGUCCAGCACACAGACACAGGGCAUUUUUACCUUUCUACUGCUCACAUCACAGUUGUAGCCUAUACAUUCUGUUUUAGAAGUAAAUUAGCUUUAUUAUUAUGAUGAUGAUAGGUCUGUUAUUUCUUCCCGUGUGUAAAUAGUGCACCUGUGUAAAUAACCCCAGAUGUUCUAUUUAAUAUUUAUUCCUGUUUUACUCACAUUUGUCCUCUGGAGGUGACAUUUAUGAAAGUCACACCUUAGAUCUGUCAAACUGUCCAAACAAGCACAAUUCGCUCUUAAGGGAUUUCAAUAAUGACUUGAUAGAAAUGCUUAGUGUGUGUGUGUGUGUGUGUGUGCGUGUGUGCGUGUGUGCAGGGGCAUUUUAAGGGAGUUUCGGGGGGGCCCAGUCAAAAGGGACCUGGGGGGCCCUAACGAAUGAGACCACUUCACCCCCAGAUUGAAAGCAAUAGCUCACAAUAUGUGCUGUACAUGCAUUAAUCAUUAAGGUUAAGCAUAUAGUUCAUAAAUAUGAGAGUAUUUUCAUAAUCCUUUAAUCUGUUGAUUAUUUUAUUGGUUCAUGUUUGAGUUUAGAAUAGAAUAGAAAGCCUUUGUAAAGGUACAGCUAAGGCCCCAUAACCUUGAUAUUCUUUAUAUUCAGGCCGACAAUAUGGCUCCAAGUGGGUUUGUCCCCCUGUGUGAAGCCCACAUGGCAUCACAUUUGAGGCCCUUUGUACUGAAACCAUAGUACCAGGCAGCGUGGAGAGGGUACUGAGGGGACAAACCCGCCUGGGGGUCUUCACACAGACACCGGCUCUGAAGACGAGGCCCUUCCUCACAGCUUCACCUUCUCUGCCAGAGCCAAUAACAACCCACGAGGAUCCCGCUGGCCUCUGGGACUUUAGAAGAACAAAGACGGGAAAGUUCAUCGUGCGUCAUGACCUCUUAAAUAACACAAUUCUAUAAAAUAUCAUUUGUAUAACACAACAUUAUCACAAGGCACUUUACAUGGUGAAGUCAAGACCUUUCAUUUAGGAACACAAUGAGCAAGCACACAGAAGCAGACUCAGAGUGUACGAACAUCUGCCCCCAGCUGUUUGGGGGGGGCACAGGAGCGGAGCUGAAACCUGCCGUUCUACACUUAGACAGUCUGGGGAGAACAAGCACGCCUUCAUUUUCAGAGUGGACUGGUCUGAUGGGGAGUAAAGAAUAAUCAUCUCUGUGAGAUAAGACGCGGCCUGAUGUCAGCAAAUGUCCUCAAAUCCUCAAAAUUUACCACGUCCUCAAAAUGUUAUUAUGAAGAUUUCAGUUUAUGAAACCACAACAUAUUCACAGUUUAUUUUAUUAAAAAACUCCAACUGAUGAUGGAUUUUACAGUAGGUGUGUGCAUGUGUGUGUGUGUGUGUGUGUGUGUGUGUGUGGAGG